AUGCCUCCCCGUGCCGUUGCCAGUCCCAAGAGGAAACGAUCCAAGCGCAAAGGAUCUGAUGCUUUAAAGACCGGCUUGCCAAAGAAGUCGCGGGCUGCAGACAUUGCCGAAGUACCCAGCAUGGUACCUCUCGUGUCACUCGGCCUGGCUGGAGCAGAAGCAGCAAAUGAUGCUCCCCGACGUUCUGGCCGCCCUAAUGCAGGAACUGGAGGUAGGAACGCCCAGCUGGAGAAAAUUGGAUUAGCGCUACAAUCUAAGCCUCGAGCUCACGAACACAAGGGUAGGACGUCCCUUGGUCCCAAUGUUCCAGUCAAUCCCCAAGCCCCAGAGCCACGUCGUAAAGGUCGAAAGAAAGAUUCUAAGGCGGUUCCUCCACCGUAUAGCUCGCUCGUCAGUGAUGCUCCAGAUGCCUCAGCCAUGGAUAUUGCAGAGCCCAGCUUGACAUUACUACAACCUAGCAGACGGUUUGGAUUUGCUGCUUCAAACACCACAGACUUUGUUCAUCCCGGUACUGCUAAGCCCGAUCUUCAGGUGUCGGAAAACCCAUAUGUCACCGUUGGGAUGAAGGUCGCUGAGCAGCGAGCUAGGGACGUUAUUGCUGAGCAGCGAGCUAGGGACGCUAUUGCUGAGCAACGAGCUAGGGACGCUAUUGCUGAGCAACGAGCAAGGGACGCUAUUGCAGAGCAGCGAGCUAGGGAUGCUAUCGAUGAGCAGCGAGCUCAGGAUGCUAUCGAUGAGAAACGAGUUCGGGAUGCUAUCGCUGAGAAAUGA